AUGUCAGCCAACAAGGAGAAUAACCUUGUUCAGGCUUAUAUUGAAUUAAAUAAAUACUGCCAAAGUGGUGACUAUGAUAGAGCGUUAAAAGCUACAGGAAAAGUCCUUCAAAUUGCUCCGAAUGAGCAGAAGGCAUUUCAUUGCAAAAUUGUGUGCCUCAUCCAAUUGCACAAUUUUAAGGAAGCCCUAGCAGUACUUUCCAACCCUAGGAAUGCUGCUUUAGCCUCCGAGUUACACUUUGAGAAAGCAUACACUCAAUACCGUCUUAACUGCCCUAAGGAAGCACUCCAGACAGUUGAUAAUGCUCCUGAGUUAACACCAGCUUUAAAGGAACUAAGGGCUCAAAUUCUGUACCGUUUGGAGCAAUACCAGGAUUGCUAUAAUUUGUACCGAGACAUUGUAAAGAAUACUACUGAUGACUAUGAAGAUGAGAGGAAAACUAAUAUGUCUGCGGUUGUGGCCAACCUUGCAGCGCUUAAUCCUUCGUCAGAUUUGCCCCAAUUCGACGAAAACACUUAUGAGCUUGCAUACAACGCAGGCAGUAGCCUCGCCAUGCGAGGGAAGUACACUGAAGCCCUGCAAGUGUUGAAGCGUGCUGAACAUGCUUGUUCGGAGAGCGUUAUUGAUGAUGGAGGCACUGAAGAAGAGGCCAAGGAGGAGGCUGCGAUUAUAAGAGUGCAGCAAGCCUACUGCCUCCAACAAAUGGGCAAGGAGAAAGAAGCCGCUACCAUCUACCAGAAUGUUCUAAAGGAUAAGCCAAGCGACCAAGCGCUGGUCGUCAUAGCUAGCAACAACAUAGUCGUUAUUAAUAGGGAUGGCAAUGUAUUCGAUUCUCGUAAGCGCAUGAAGACGGCUACACAAGAUGGCUUGGAACACAAACUUAACUCGAGACAACGAGCAUCCAUUACCUACAACCAGGCUAUACUCGCCAUAUAUUCUAAUCAGCCUGAUUUCUGCAAGCAAUGCUGUGUGAAGCUGGUGAGAGAGUUUGGUGAGGAACGAAAAGCGGCCUUGGUCGAAGCAUCAUCACUCCUCAAGGAGGGAAAGAGACAGCAAGCUGUAACUCUACUGAUGAAACAAGGAGGCAACUUAGUCUUGGCAGCUGUUCAAGUGUUAUUAGCUCAGGGCGAUCGUAAAGCUGCAGUGAAAUUGUUGGAGGAAAGUGAAUUUAAAUACCGCGCAGGCGUAGUGGGUUUACUGUGCACUCUGCUGUGUGCCGAUAACGAUUUUGAGAAGGCUUCCCAGCUAUUCACUGACGUUUACGACCAUUAUAAGGAUGACGAGCGCUUCGCGUCGCUGGUGUCGGUGUGGCGCGCGGCGGCGGCGGUGCACGCGCGCGGGGGCAGCGCCGAGCGCGCGGCGCAGGCGCACGAGGCCGUGUCGCGCGCCGCGCCGCAGGACACGCGCAGUCGCGCGCGGCUCGUCAAGGCGCUCGCCGCGCACGACCCGCAGCGCGCGCGCCUGCUCGCCCGCGACCUGCCGCCGCUGCACCAGCUCGAGACCAAGAUCGACAUAGACGCCCUGGAGUCUUCUAAAUGGAUGAUGGGAGCGAAGAUUGUGAAGAAAACUGUACAAAGUAAACAAGAACAAUCGCCCGGAACACCUGGUUCGGAACUCCUUCAGAAGAAACAAAAACGCAAACGCAAAACAAAGCUGCCGCCCAAUGCGGACCUAUCCAAACCUCCGGAUCCAGAAAGAUGGUUACCCAAGUACGAACGAACGGCGUAUAGAAAACGGCGCGGCGUGAAGCGUGACGUCAUCAAGGGAAGCCAGGGCAUGUCCACUACAGCCACUGACCAAUAUGACAUGAGCAAGCAGCCGCCGAGCAGUGCAAGCGCUGCGGCCACCGCGGCCAAGAGUCCGCGCGUAGAGAAGCAGACGGAAGCGGCCUGGCAACGAAAGCAACAGCAAAAGAAGAAGGGCAAGGGUCGCAAGUGGUAG